AUGUCCAACACCGCAAUCCCAGAAGAUACCGACACAGACUCCGACUCAAAUGUGGAAUUCGAAGACGUGCCUCUGGCACCGAGAACAGUACCAGCAGAAACAACAACACCCUCAUUCCACUCCGUCUCUUUCCAAACAGAAAGACCUGUCUGGGUCCCAGUCCUCUCUCUCCCCGAGCAAAGAGCCGCACCCCUCCGCCCCGGCUCAGCGGAGGAAACCCAACUACGCGGCCGAUUGAGUGCAGGCAUCGAAAGAAUCAAUUACCGCCACAUGAAAGCCGAAAUGGGAAUGGACGGAAUCAACACCGAUGACUCAGAGAAACGAUUCAAAAGUUUCGCCGACUUAGCACGGGAGGUGGGGUCAUUAAUUGAUACACUCUGGACAUCUUCUACUCCCUCAAUCCAAGUUGAAGGCCUAAUCACUCUCGCCGGAAUAACUGAGAUGGCUCUCCCAACAUACAAAUUCGAUCCAGAAAGCACACUGACUCUCCUGCAUAAAUUUGAUUCUGUCUUCGCUGCUCUCUGUAUGGGGAAGCAUCCUGUUACUAAUGCCACUAUCCCCGGUGCUGUGGAUGGUCGUCCACUCGUGACGCAGACGCAGAAGGUUCGGAUUCGCAGUUUGGCGGAGACGACGCGGUACAAGAUAUUUUCUUGUCUUGAGGAGUCUGAUUCGAGUUUUGGGGAUGGAAAUGCCAAUGGAAACGGGGUUGGAAAUGGAGAUCAAAAUGACAAUGGACAGGUUUACAAUGAUGAAGAAGAUGAAGAAGAUCUGGAUGUUCCUAUGCAGCCUUGGUUGAUGGAAGCUGCGAAGGUUUAUGAUCAGACUUUGAUGUUGUUGGCGGAUCAAGGGGAGGGUGAAGAUUUGAUGCAGUUGGAUGGU